AUGUGGAGCAUCUGCUGCACGCUCAGUAUACUGAGCACAUCCCGGUGGAUGACAGACACAGCUGCGGCCCGUCUGCGGUUGGUCACUCAGGUGCCCUUGCAGAAGGUGCUGGGCAGUGCAGGGCAGGAGUCUCAGCUACAGAUAAGCAUGGACCUGACUGUAGUAGCAGGAGAGGAGUGGGCUGUGGAUUCCAGACGGGAAGAGCGUGCCGAGGACAGCUCGGGCAGCGCGGAGUCAGUGGGCAGCAGGGAAGGGGGUUGCUGUGCAGGAUUAGCUGAACCAUCCUUUAUUGCAAAACAUGAAGAUAGUUUGUUUAAGGACUUAUUUCAAGACUACGAAAGAUGGGUUCGACCUGUGGAACACCUGAAUGACAAAAUAAAAAUCAAGUUUGGCCUUGCAAUAUCUCAAUUAGUGGACGUGGAUGAGAAAAAUCAGUUAAUGACGACAAAUGUCUGGUUGAAACAGGAAUGGAUCGAUGUAAAAUUAAGAUGGAAUCCUGAUGACUAUGGUGGAAUAAAAGUUAUACGUGUCCCUUCAGACUCUCUUUGGACCCCAGACAUUGUUUUGUUUGAUAAUGCAGAUGGGCGUUUUGAAGGGGCCAGUACGAAAACCGUGGUCAGGUACGACGGCACUGUCACCUGGACUCCGCCGGCAAACUACAAAAGUUCCUGCACCAUCGAUGUCACGUUUUUCCCAUUCGAUCUCCAAAACUGUUCCAUGAAAUUUGGUUCUUGGACUUACGAUGGAUCACAGGUUGAUAUAAUUUUGGAGGACCAAGAUGUAGACAAGAGAGAUUUUUUUGAUAAUGGAGAAUGGGAAAUUGUGAGCGCAACGGGAAGCAAGGGAAACAGGACGGACCGCUGUUGCUGGUACCCUUACAUCACUUACUCGUUUGUGAUCAAGCGCCUGCCUCUCUUUUAUACCUUGUUCCUCAUCAUACCCUGUAUCGGGCUCUCCUUCUUAACCGUACUUGUCUUCUAUCUGCCUUCAAACGAGGGUGAAAAGAUUUGUCUCUGCACUUCAGUGCUUGUCUCUUUGACCGUCUUCCUUCUUGUCAUCGAAGAGAUCAUACCCUCGUCUUCAAAAGUAAUUCCUCUGAUUGGAGAGUACCUGGUGUUUACCAUGAUUUUUGUGACACUGUCCAUUAUGGUCACCGUCUUCGCUAUCAACAUCCAUCACCGUUCUUCCUCCACGCAUAACGCUAUGGCUCCGUGGGUCCGCAAGAUAUUUCUUCACCGGCUUCCGAAACUGCUUUGCAUGAGAAGCCACGUGGAUAGGUACUUCAGUCAGAAGGAAGAAACUGAGAGCAGCAGGGGACCAAAACCUUCUCGGAACACGCUGGAAGCUGCGCUUGACUCUGUUCGCUACAUUACAAGACACGUGGUGAGGGAGAAUGACGUCCGGGAGGUUGUUGCCGAUUGGAAAUUCAUAGCCCAGGUUCUUGAUCGGAUAUUUCUAUGGACUUUUCUUCUGGUUUCAAUUGUUGGAUCUCUUGGGCUUUUUGUUCCUGUUAUCUAUAAAUGGGCAAAUAUAAUAGUGCCAGUUCAUAUUGGAAAUGCAAAGAAGUGA